AUGAGCUCAACAGAAAUCGACCCCCCAACUCCCAAAUUCCUCAUCAAACAGGGAGCUGAAGCGCUAGUCUACCGCACAACCUACCUCCUCCCACACAUCCCUGCGCUGCUAAAACACCGUCCGUCGAAACAAUACAGGCAUCCAACCCUCGAUGCACGCCUCACAAAACAUCGCUGUCUUUCCGAAUCCCGCCUCUUGAUCCGCGCCCGCUCCCUCAGGAUCCCGGUUCCGGCGGUGUACUUUGUCGACGAGAGUCGCGGGGAGAUAUUUAUGGAGUGGAUUUCGGGGAGUUCUGUCCGGGAGGUGCUGGAUGAGGUCCUUGCCCAGGAGGGUGGGGAAGCAAUGGUUGACCGAAUGAUGGUUAAGGUUGGCGUAGCGGUGGGGGCCUUGCAUGCGGCCGACAUUGUGCAUGGGGACUUGACGACCAGCAAUAUUAUGGUUCGGAACGGUGAGGGUGAGGGGAUUGUGGGAUUCGGAGAGAAGGAGGUUGUGUUGGUUGAUUUUGGGCUUGGAACUGUGUCUACGCAGGACGAGGAUAAGGCUGUCGAUUUGUAUGUUCUUGAGAGGGCAUUCACUAGUACGCAUCCAAAAGCGGAGAAGUUGUUCCAUGACGUCCUCAAGUCCUAUGAACAGAGCUACAAAGGAGCAAAUGUUGUCUUGCGGAGACUACAAGAUGUCAGGAUGAGGGGGAGAAAGCGGAGUAUGAUCGGAUAAGAUUGUAAAUACAACCCAAUACUAUAGAAAUCACGAUCUCACUGCA